CUGUCCACAUUACAUUGAUUUGAAAUAAAUUUUUGAACAAGGAUGGAUUUGAAUUUUGACCAUGCAUUACAGAAGUCUUCUACAUACUGGGCCUCGAUAUCAAUGGACCUCCAACAUGGAAGAAAAAUGGCCCAUAAAUUGGGCCAGCGCACUCCACUUGUCACGUGCAAAUAUUUUUCCUUUUUUCACUUUUUCUCCUUCUUUUUGUUCCAUGUUCUGUGAACGUUUACAUGAAUCUUCUCCUUUUUUCGCCUCCAACGCUGCCACAAAAAAGACCAUUGCUGCCGCCAAACUUCUACUCAAUUAUGGCGGCUAAUACUCUUAAACCCUAACCCCCAAUCUCCAAUUUUCCCACGUUUAUUUUCCCUUACUUUCCCGAGAAAACACAAGAAAAAACAGUAAAAAGAAAAUUCCGAUGGCCACCGGACUCGCCCUCAGAUUCAGAUCCCGCCUCCUCCAUACCACCUCACUCCUCCACUCCCCCCUUCUCCACACGCGCCACCCUACCGCCGCCAAUCUCUCGCCGUCUCUCGCAGCUGCCUCCUUCAUCCGUGCCAUCGACUCACCUUCCGCCCUCCCCUUCGCUUUCUCUAUCCACCGGCGUCUCCUCUCCACGGCGGCUCGUCGCUCGGCAUCUCGACCAAAGAAAACGGUUGACAUCGGCGCGCGAGCCAGGCAGAUGCAGACACGGCGCCUGUGGACCUACGCCCUAACGUUCGGAUGCUUGGCGGGGUUCAUCGUGAUCGUUCUGAACAACUUCCAGGACCAGUUAGUGUUCUACGUUACUCCAUCGGAAGCUCUCGAAAAGUACGCUCAGAACCCUACGAAGACGAAGUUCCGAUUGGGAGGUUUGGUCCUGGAAGGCAGCGUCGUGCAGCCUGCAUCUUCUGCAGAGAUGGAAUUCGUGGUCUCCGAUCUGAUCACCGAUAUUCUUGUCCGGUACCAGGGUUCGCUUCCCGAUCUCUUCAGGGAAGGUCACUCUGUGGUGGUGGAAGGGUUCGUGAAGCCGUUCACCGAUGAGAUCAGGAAGCAGGUGUCCGCCAAGAGCGUUUCCGGAAAGGCAAGGAGCGGAGACUGCUAUUUUUCCGCCACGGAGGUUUUAGCAAAGCACGACGAGAAGUAUAUGCCUAAGGAGGUUGCGGCGGCUAUUGAGAAGAACAAGAAGAUCAUUGAGGAGGCUGCAGUGAAAGAAGCGGAAUCGGCGGCAGAGGCUGCAGUGGCAGCAAAGAGCUCUUAGGUGGAUGGUGAUAGGGCUGCUUUCUCUCUGCCUAAUUUUUGGUAACUUUUAAAUUUAAUUUCUUGGGAUUAAAUUGUGAACUGAAUUUAAUAUCCCAAAUGAUACUAUUUAUACUGUUAAGAUUUUUGGAGGGAUGAGAAUUGUUUAACCGUAGUCCAUAGGAUGAGGUUGAAUUUUUUAUUGUAAUAAUUAGGAUGAACUACUCAUUGGUAAAGAACAAAGUUUGGAUAUUGGAUUGGAAGAGUGAUCAAUUUUGAUUGUUA